AUGGUCGACCCUUUUAUGGUCUUGGCCCUGGUUUGUGUUUUCGGGCCGUUUCUAUGUGGCUUGCUCUGCGCCUGCCCCUGCGCGAGUGCAAUCACGUCGCACCCGUUGCCCGGGCCGGCGCCGCCGCCGGCGGUCGUCGCCGCCACAAGUCCAAGUCCAAGCGACGCAUUGCCAGAGCCAGUUGUCGUGGAGAAGCCGCAGCUGAGGUACUUCCUGUACUCGGCGGCCGCCGCCACGGAGGAGGAUGGCGGAGUGAGGGGAGCGUCGGUGGUGGUGUGCGCGAUCUGCCUGGAGGCGCUGGUCGGCGGGGCGGAGUGCAGCGAGGUGCCGGCGUGCCGGCACGUGUUCCACCGGGGCUGCCUCGCGCUGUGGAUCGGGAGCAGCAACACCUGCCCGCUCUGCAGGAGGCCUGUCGUGCUGGGGUUAGAACCCCUCUCGGUAGCCGAGGAGAUGGUCUAG